GGCAGUGAGGCUAGCUCUUUCGGCGUCCGAUCACCGUGUGCAACCCUGUCCAUGAGCAGCUCAGGCAAAUUACUCUAAAGUCAACCAAAGAUGAUAAAGUUUGGCAGUAGGAGUAACCUAGAGGGAGAGUUUCAGUGUAAAAUCAGCCUUCUAGACGAUACGGAAUUGACAUGCGAUUUUAAGCGAGACGUAAAGGGUCAGGCAGUCUUUGAUGAAGUUUGCAAAACCCUUGAUUUGCUGGAGAAAGAUUAUUUUGGUCUUCGCUUUGUUGAUGAUGCUAAACAACGGCAUUGGCUUGAUCUUAAUAAGAGUGUUAUCAGACAGAUGAAGACUCUGAAGCCUCCCUACAAGUUGUUUUUCAGGGUGAAGUUUUAUGCUGUUGAUCCAAGUACUCUCCACGAGGAAAUAACCAGGUAUCAGUUUUUCCUUCAAGUGAAAAGGGAUAUUCUGCAUGGCAGACUCCUUUGCUCAUUUAAUGAUUUGGUUGAACUGGGAGCAUUCAUUGUGCAAGGUGAGAUAGGGGAUUAUGAUCCAGAUGAGCAUGGUGAUUCCUAUGUAUCUGAGUUCCGCAUUGUUCCAAAACAGUCAGAAAAGCUUGAGAAGAAGAUUAUGGAAAUUCACAAGCAGCUUGCUGGCCAGGUACCUGCUGUUGCUGAGAAGAACUUUCUUGACAAAGUCAAGGCUCUUGAUAUGUAUGGAGUGGAUCCUCACCCAUGCAAGGAUCAAGACAAUGUUCAACUCUACCUUGGUCUCACUCCAGGAGGAAUUGCCAUCAUCAGAGAAGGAAAGAAAGUGUCAGGAUUUGUUUGGAGUGAAGUUGUAAAGUGCACCUAUGAGAACAAAGUCUUUUAUGUGCAGGUUCAAAAGGAUGAUCGCAAGGCCAACUAUGGCUUCAGACUCCCUGAUCCUUUGGCAUGCAAGCAUUUAUGGAAAUGUGCUAUAGAACAUCUUGCAUUUUACAGUCAUUCAGAGACUCCAGUAGUAAAGCCCAAACGAAAGGCAAUUUCACCUCAGAGGCUUUUUAGAAGAUCAAAGCAUAAGUACAUCGGGCCUACUCAAGACCAGCUGAUCGCAGAAAGUGAGAAGAUCAGUCGUCCAGAGCCACUGAUCAAGAGGGCACCAAGUGUAAGGAUCUCCCGGCGGAUAAAAGUUCCCUCGGAUAGCAUCUCGGAAAGUACCGGAGUACUGAAUAUCCCUAACUCUCCCAACGGCCAAGUUGGUGGAGACAUCACUCCGAAUGAAGAGACUGAAUUAAAGAGGUUCGAAACUUCAGUUUUUCCCCCCAGUCCUCCGCCUGACGAGAGUAUUACGUCUUUUGAGAUGCCUGACGGUCCGCCAGCAACGAAUCACGUGGGCCCUGACGUCAGCCCUUCUAAUGAGGCCAACAAUAAGAGUGCACCUCCAAGUCCCGCAGAAGUGGAGAAUUAUGGCUUUAAGAUGUUUAUUUUCAUUAUGUUCAUUCUAGCGUUGAUAAUGAUUCCCAUUGCCAUCGUUUGGGAAACUAGAAAGAGCUACAUCAAGUCUACAGAUGCAUAUAAGGGACUUGCUAAAUGGGUCUUCAGAUCUUUUGGUUACAAAAUCUAACGGGUAACUAGAUACUGAGAAUUUUUAAUCAAUAGCCAAGGUACAAUUCUAGCAAUUCAUCGUCAAGCAUUGUCGUUGAAAAGUUCUUCGUAUUAGUUAGUCAACCAUUCAUCCAUUUUGUGUUUUAUUAGUUAGAUGGGUUUUUUUCUUGACUUGGUGAAGUCGGUCAGUUGAAAUUCCGUUCGUAAAAGAGAAAAUUAAGAUUUUUUGGGAGGUGGCAGUUUUUCCACUUUGUUCGGGAAGAGAUUCGAAGUUAAUUCAUAAUUAUAUGCAGCAACAAUCUGAUCGGAAUGAAAAAGUGUUUCCAUAACUCUUGGGGUGGGGCUGGAGGAUUUUAAAUUUGUCGAUAAAAUUUACUUGAUCCCCCCCUUAGACUCUGUAGUAUUGUGAUGACCCCCCACCUUAAUUGGUAUUCUAUUAGAGAAUUAAUGAUAUUUCUUUGAGUGACCUGGAUAACAAAAACUCAUUUGUAGGAAGUUUUCAUAAACAACCCUGCUCUGUGAAAGAAACAGAGGAUCUUAAGCUUAAAAGAGAGUUCGGUAAAAAGACAAAGCAGGAACUCUGUAUUCCUUCAAUAAGCAAGCACGUGACUGGCUAGGGAUGGUAGAAUCAGAAAACGAGACUGUUAAGCGUUUGCGUGACUCGUGCAUCGGAGACAACAUUUUCCCUCUAAAUGCUUUAUUGGCUUAUCAGCGGUUAUCAUAACAACUGUCGUCAUGUUUUCUGGUUGUAAUCUAUCCCCUGGGGGGUGGGGCUGGAGGAUUUUAAAUUUGUCGAUAAAAUUUACUUGAUCCCCCCCUUAGACUCUGUAGUAUUCUGAUGACCCCCCACCUUAAUUGGUAUUCAAUUCUCUAUAGGCCUUCCCUUAUGCUCUGUUAGCGACGACUGAUCCACGCCUGUCCCCCCUGAAAACCAUGUGAUCUCCAAGUAACUCCGACUAAACCUCCUCCCCCCCCCACCCUUAGCGAAGAAUCAUUGAUUGGUCCCACGGACAACAUUUGCUGGCUCAUGUAAUAUUUUGGUGUCAUACGUGAUAUGGGAACAUAAUUCAAACGUGGUCGAGGUGUCUUAACUUAAAUAUCAUCAGUUGUAAUUAUUAUUUGUAAUGUGAUAGAUUUGUUAGGUUGAGGGGAUUGCACCUCUGCAAGGGGUAUUUAAGACAUAAAUUUUGAAUGUUUUCUAGUUCAAUAAGUAGAGCGAAGCGCUAAUGUAAAAUAAGUAGAGGCCAGGUAUGUAAUAUUGUUGUGUAGGUAUGAAUUUGUCGUAAAGUCAUAGGUUUCUCAGUGUAUUGGCCAAUUUAAGCCACACGGUCACUUAUUUGCAGAAGCAAGUGUGUCGGUAAAUUUUUGUCGAAAUUUACGGAAAAGGUUAUUUUUGUUUCUAGCCAAUCAAGAAGUAGAAUGACCAUUCGACAUAUUUCCAGAGGACGUUUCUCAGUGGUGGUGCCACAGGAAUACCACGCGAUUCCGAGUAACAUGUCUAUUAGUGACUGUAAGCCCAGUCCAUUUUCGGAGACAAAGCCCAAUUGAUUUCUUGUUCCUCCGACUUGACUUGAAUAGACAGGAAUCCUGUUUGCAUCGAUGUAGAAGCACCUCACGUUUUCUUUUACAUGUGACGUGGCCGAUACACGGUUUAAAACAAAAAACUUUGAACAGUCGUAUGAGCCUUAUGAUUUUUUUUAGGUAGGCAAACGUACACAGGCUCGCUGAAAUGUAUUUUCUUAGCAUUGUCUGUCAUUUGCUUUUUAAAAAUGUUAAUGUGAUCGUGAGGGAAUUCUUUGGUGGAAACAUUCCAUAAGGGGUCAGUCUUAGAAAGGUUAGGUUGUUCAAGCUCUAUAUUGCUGUAGGAUUUUGAAAUAAACUUCGCCAACUUUCAUUGUAAAGCAUGUGGUUGACAUUAAAACUUCAGUUGUGAGUCAAAAA